GGGGGGAGCAAUUUUUAGAGGUAAGUGAUUCAGUCCAGUGUGCUUAUUCGACAAUUCCACAGAAAUAGCAAGGGGCGGAUAAAACGCUGAGAUCUCAGACUUUGGGCAUAUGCCUGGCUUCAGCAUGUGAGAGGCAGGGGGUGUUGUCCGUAAAGAAAUGUGACCUUGAUUUUGCCAUACUGGCUCCCUUCCCUCCAAGGAACAAAGUCUCCCUUUGUACUUUCUGGUAUACGGUACUCUGCACUCCAGAUCCUUUGUCGGCACAAUUUGCUGCAAAGAACUAGGAUAGGAACCCCAGAAGAGGAAGCCGGAGGGGACUGAGAAAGUAAGCUGAGGAUCCGAGGCUGGGAAAGAAGCCUAUGGCCAGACAAGGAACCGGCUCCAUCGAGUACGGUGGAAUUACCCUGCCGAGUCUCGUCCACACUGACGCAAGCGUCCGCUAUGCCCACCAGAGCUUUCAAGUGCGCGACAGUGACGUCUUCAACCUCACGUACCCCAAAUCUGGUAAGAGGCCCUGCUGGCAUGCCGUGGAUUUUCAGGCCCGAGGAAGGGAGGUACCUCUUGGCACCGGACGUGGUAAACCACCUCAGCUGUACAGCAGGGACAACCUGGAUGCAAGAAAUUCUCUCCCUCAUCUACAGCAAUGGGGAUUUGACGCUGUCGCGGUCGGUUCCCUCUUGGGAACGGGUCCCCUGGAUUGAACAGACGACGGCAGCGGAAUACCUGGAGAACCGGCCUAGCCCCCGUCUCAUCACUUCGCACUUGCCCCCCACGGUCUUUCCAGCAUCCUUUUUUGCCUCACAGGCCAAGGCCAUUUAUACCGUCCGUGAUCCCAGAGACGUCUGCGUGUCGCUCUAUUAUUAUGCCAAGAUGUCCUCGUUUCUGGAGUACAAGGAGAGCUUUGGCGAAUUCAUCGAGAUGUUUGCUGCAGGGACAAUUCUCUUUGGUUCCUGGUUUGAUCACGUCAAAGGCUGGUUGGCUUACAGGAACCGGAAGAAUUUUCUGCUCCUUACCUAUGAUGAUUUGCUGCAGGAUCUUCGUGGCACCAUCCUCCGUAUCUGCCAAUUCCUUGGCAAGGACUUAGAUACCUCUGCUGUCGACACUGUUGUGGCGAACGCCUCCUUUGAGGCAAUGAAGGGCAACAAGAUGGUGAAUUACAGCCUCGUUCCUGAAGAUAUCAUGAACCAAAAGAUCAGCCCGUUCCUCCGUAAAGGGAUCUCUGGGGAUUGGAAAAACCACUUCACCCCGGAACAGAGUUCUGCGUUUCAUCAUCUCUACCAGCAAAAGAUGAAGGAGGUGGACAUCAGAUUUCCCUGGGAUGACCUCUGAAGCGAAAUCCACCAGCAGCUUUGAGUUUUAGAGAGGGAAGCAUUUAGGGUUACUUUGUUCUAUCUACUAACGCUCCACUCGUGGUCUUGAGGGCUAGACCCUGCUGUUUCCGUGGAAAACGCAGGCAUGCCAGCCGUGAACCCUAUAUCAGAUUCCACUGCAAGUCUUUACCCUGAGCCACGAGCGGUAGGAAGCUGAAGCAAACCCGAGGGCUUUUUUAUAUGAUCAAAGAAUUUGGUCAAGCUUUUCCUAGACGUCAGCUACACUAAUGAGUAGACCUGUGUCAGGAAGGAAAAAACUUUGCUUUCUUUUUGACAUGCUAGGUUUCUACUUGACAGAAUCCUGCGUAUUUCCUUUUCUCCUGUCACUGUCUUGAUAUUAUUCUAUUCCUCCUUUUGAACAUUUUAGACCUCUGGGGUGCUGUGUGGUUUCCAGCCUGUAUGGCCGUGUUGUAUGGGCUGUAUGGCCCGGAAACCACGCAGCACCCCAGUGAUUCCGGCCGUGAAAGCCUUCGACAAUACAUUUUUAGACCUCUGUUUACCGGAUUGUCUGCCUUUGUUUGUCACUGACAUGAAGUAGGGUUGUUGUUGAAUAAAAUAGUAAUUGCUAUCCUGA